UCAUUACUUUAAGUGGUUGUGUUCCCCUUCGUAUGGAGCUUUAUUAUCGUUGCGCGUCGCCGCCGCCACCACCAUCCUCUGCCGUCGCAAUCCACCGUUUAAUUCCUCCGAUUUUGCCCUUCCUGUUCCUAGCAUCUCACCAUAAACCCUAAUUUUGCUGAAUAUUGUUCGCUAAGAAAUUCUUUUCAAGUCUCCGCCGCAAAUUCGAAAACGAUGUUUCCUUGGAACAUUGCGAAAUCGGCGGAGGCCAUGUUCUCGCGGUGGGCGCUGAAGAGGGUUUUCAAGUUCUUCCUGAAAAAGAAACUGGGGCAGUUCAUCCAUGGUGACGUCGACCUUGACCAGCUCGACGUGCAGCUCACCCAAGGCACCAUUCAGCUCACAGAUCUUGCUCUCAACGUCGACUUCAUCAACGCCAAGCUUGGAAAGACAGCAUCCUUGAUAGUAAAAGAAGGAUCAAUUGGCUACCUGUUAGUUAAAAUGCCUUGGAGUGGUAAAGGUUGUGAGGUUGAAGUGAAUGAGCUUGAACUAGUGGUUUCUCCCUCCACAGAUGUAAACUCACGUGGUGGAGAUGAAGCUUGUGGCUCUGAAAAUAAUGACAAUCAACAUGCCAAAUAUAGUUCUACUAGAAGUGAGCAUGAAAUGGCAGAUGAUUCUCUGAAGUCAACUUCAAUGGAUGUUCAUGAAGGUGUUAAAACUAUUGCAAAGAUGAUAAAGUGGUUGCUCACCAGCUUCCAUUUGAAAAUAACAAAUGCAAUUGUUGCUUUUGAACCAUAUUUGGGGGGUGUAGAGCCCAAAUCCGAAUGUCAUCGUACCUUAGUUCUUCGAAUUUCUGAAAUACAGUGUGGAACAAGUCUGGCUGAAGAUGCUGACUCAAAAGUUGAUGUUCUUGGAAUAAGCCAGUUAACCAAUUUUGUAAAGUUUCAUGGAGCAGUAGUUGAGUUUCUCAAAAUAGACCGUGAAGAUAAUGAGUUAUCCUUUCAACCUGUUUUAGGAGCAGGAAGUGGUGAAACCAUUUUGAGGCCAAAACAAGCCACAUGCCCAAUCAUGACCGGGAGACAAGAUGGAUUUGGAGGGAAUGUAAAAUUAAGUAUUCCUUGGAACAAUGGUUCUUUAGAUGCUCGCAAGUUGGAUGCAGAUGUUUAUGUUGAUCCCGUGGUGUUAAGAUUUCAACCUAGCACACUUAAAUGGCUAUUGUAUUCAUGGGAAAGUUUUAAGAAUGUGGGUAUGACUGGCAAAGGUAGCACAAAUAACAAUUUAAGAGGAUCUUCUCAAAUGAAUUCAACUUUGUCAUUCCAUUCAGCAGAUUCUGUUCCUAUUGUGAAUGCCACCAAUGAAAUGAUAACUGAUCAUGGUAAUCUGCCAGCUGAUUACACUUCUUUGACUCGACCAGAAUCCCCAACUGAAGAUUUGCUUCCUGCGCCUCAUCUUAUAUCAGAUUGGGUGCCACUUUCUACUCGUAAAAAUCAUAAAGAUGGUAUUCAAGAACUUGACUUUGGAGCAAGUGUGGACCAAUUUUUUGAAUGUUUUGAUGGAAUGAGAAAUUCUCAAUCAGCUUUAGGGAGCAGUGGAAUGUGGAAUUGGACAUAUUCUGUUUUUAGUGCCAUUACUGCUGCAUCCACCCUGGCUUCUGGAUCCAUGCAUAUUCCAACUGAACAGCAACAUGUGGAGACCAAUCUCAGGGCAACUUUUGCUGGAAUAUCUGUUGUUUUGCCCUUCUGUGAUGAAGAACAGGAACAAUUUUGUGACCCUAAACUUGAUAAACUGGGAAGAUUUAAGAUUGACUACCUUGGUGCAACAUGCAAUAAAAUUGUUCUUACUUUGCAGGUAUGUCCUCAAGGUAUGACUCUUAAUGGAACAGUGAACCAUGCAGAGAUUGCUAGUUUCUUGAACAAUGGAGUUGAUGCAAAAGAUCAAAGUGCUUUGGUUCAAAAACUACAAGUUAAGGUUCUCGAUGCUCUUCCUCUGUCUGCAUCAUAUGGUCUACAUUCAGAUUCACUGAUUGGGCCAGUUGCAACAGAUUUUCCAUUUGAAAAUGAGGAUUUCUUAAUGAAAGUUACAUUGUUUAGAACAUUUGGUAUCACCAGUUGCAAGUUUACUAUGCAAUCAAGUUCAUCAGAUGGUUGUCUGACUGGGCAGACAUCAUUCUCGUUGAUCCUGCCCCCAUUUAUUUUCUGGAUAAUCUUUCCUGUAAUAAAUGCACUAGUUGGCCUGCUAACGGAAAUUGGGAAAUCUCUUCAAUUGCAUGAUGAGGGAAAGGGAAGUGUGUCUAAUGCAGAUAAGAAGUGUGGAUCAUCUCUGAGUGACAUGGAAGGAGGUUCUGGUCCUUGUGUCACAUCCUUCUCCUCACCAAGCUGUUUGCAUGGCGAUAUAUCUAUUUCUAAUGCAAGGGUAAUGCUUUGUUUCCCUGUUGAAGGAGGCGAAGAUCAUGCAACAUUCUUUUCGUGGGCACAGUUUAUUACUCUUGAUUUUACUUCAUCGCCUUUGAACAAGGGCUUCCUUCCAGAUGGUACUCAAGCCUCAAAUGCAAAUUCAAAGAAAAGAUUUUCUUCGGUAGCUGCACAAUCUCUUCAGUUGAAAUUUUGUGAUUUAGAUGCUUACGUGAUCACAUCAAGUGAUGACAGUGUUAAAAUCAUCUCCUAUAAUGCGCAGCAUGAGAAAUUUUCUGCUAGUCGGAUUCUUUCUAUUGCAUGCAAAAGAGAUUAUUACUCUGUUGUUAGUGUAGUUUGGCAGGCUGGUCAAGUAACUGGGCCUUGGAUUGCAAAGAAAGCUAGGUUAUUUGCUCAUUCAGAGCUAAGGGGUCAAGAUGAUAGUUCAGGAGGAGGGUAUGAGUUCGCAUCUGCAUCAACAGUGAAGGACCUGGAAGAUUGGAAAUCUCAAACUGAAGAAGAGAUGGUUCUAAGCUCAUCAUUUUUCAUGCAUGUUCAUAUGUCAAAGGUUGUGAUUAAUGUGAGCGAUUCCCAAUAUAAAGGCAUACAUCACUUGUUACACCAGAUGCUAAAUGCUUUGGCAUGUCCAACUUCUCAGGAAACUAAAAGUGAGAAAGAAUCUACUGUCUCACAAUCAUCAGUGGUUGUGGAAUGUGAUUGUGUAGAAAUUCUUAUUAGUAGGGACACAACUGAGACUGUCAGAAGUUCUAUGCAGAGUGAGCUUCCUGGAAUGUGGCAUCAAUUCAAGCUGAAGGUUCAAAGGUUUGAAUUACUAUCCGUCACUAAUACUGGGGGUAUCAACAAUGCUGGUUUCUUCCGGUUAACUCAUGGAGAAGGCAAGUUAUUUGGGUUUAUCACUGGAGUUCCUGAUAAUGAGUUUCUCCUGCUUACUUGUAGCAAUACCUCCGUUAAGCGAGGUGAUGGAGGUGGUUCUAAUGCAUUAUCUUCUAGGGUUUCUGGUUCUGAUAUUAUCUAUCUGUCUGAUCCUGAGAAUUUCCAUAAUAUUACAUCUAUAACGGUCAGUUGUGGCACUGUAAUUGCAGUCGGUGGUCGUUUGGAUUGGUUUCAUGCAAUAUCAUCUUUUUUUAAGUUGCAUGCUUCUAAUACCAAAGAUGUAGAUGGUACCACUAUUUCGAAAGAGGAAUCAUAUCCUUCUUACUCAACUUCUUUUGUUCUUAGCUUGAUUGAUAUUGCAUUGAGCUAUGAGCCUUAUUUGAAGAAUCUGGUGGUUGAGAGUGACCUUCCCAAUUCAAAGUCUAGCUUUUCUUCACAAGAUAUGGCUGAACAAUAUGUUGCUUGUCUAUUUGCUGCCUCCUCCUUGACUCUUUCAAAUUCAACAUUGGAAGAUUCAGUAGAAAGUGUGUUUCAAAUUAGAGUGCAAGACCUGGGGCUUUUGCUUCGUUUAGUGUCUGAGCUGAAUCAAUUCUCUGGCACUUAUAGUGUUGGGCAUCUUCAGAAAAGUGGUUAUGUUAAAGUUGCUCAGGAAGCUUUAAUGGAGGCAAUUCUGAAAACCAACUGUCCUAGUGGUCUUCUAUGGGAACUUGAAUUAUCUAAAUCUCACCUUUGUGUGGAAACUUGCCACGACACAACAGCUACUUUGAUUCGUUUGGCCACUCAACUUCAACAGUUAUUUGCCCCUGAUGUGGAGGAAUCUCUUGUUCAUUUGCAGAAUAGGUGGGAUAAUGUUCAACAGGCACAGCAACAGGAUGAAUUUUAUGAUGAAAAUAAGGAUUUUAGCUGUGAGUCUAUGGCUUCAACUACUCAACAGCUUGCUUCAAAACCAUUUUCAAAAGAUGGAUCUGGUAUAUCAGGCCUGAUGGAUGAAAUAUGCGAAGAUGCAUUUCAAGUAAAUGACACCAAUACACGGAAAUCUAAUUCCUUUGAAUCAGGAAUGCCAUUUGAUGGAAGCUUGAUUGAGAUUGGUCAGAAGAGUCUAGAUGAGCCUGAGGUUCUCUAUCAUGAGUUAAAUUUGACCGACUCCAUGCCUGUAAUAGGCCCAGAAGGUAGUCAUACUUCAUUUCUUCAGGAGGGUUGCUUUCCAGAGAUUAUAGAAAGCUAUAUUUUGUCAGACUUAUGCCCUCUGUCAGAGUUGUGCGUAGGUAUACAUUCUGAUGAGCCUUCUCUUCAAACAUUGAGGGAUGUAGAACAUAGAGAUAUUGGUAAAGAAACUGGUGGAUGGUAUGGAGGCAACUCUUUUGAAGUACUAGAAAAUCACAUUUCAGAGGAAAGUGAACAAAUUGGAUUGAUAAAGGCUUCAGAUCAUAUCAUGAUUCCAUCCAAUGAAAGUUCACCACACAGUGAGCCUUGUGGCCGUGUGGUUCUUAAAAAAAUUGAUAUAAGAUGGAAAAUGUAUGGGGGCUUGGACUGGCCUGAUUCAGGAAAAAGUGGACAGCAUUCUGGCAGAGAUACAGCUAUUUUGUUGGAAUUGGCAUUGUCUGGCAUGAAAUUUCAGUAUGAUGCAUUUCCCGAAGGUGGAUUACUUGUAUCUAAGAUGUCUGUGUCUGUUCAAGAUUUUUAUCUGUAUGACAGAGGCCAAGAUGCACCUUGGAAACUGGUGCUAGGAUAUUAUCACUCAAAAGGCCGUCCUCGGGAAUCUCAUUCAAAAGCAUUUAAGUUGGACUUGGAGGCAGUGAGACCAGAUCCUCUAACUCCCCUUGAGGAGUAUAGGUUAAAUGUUGCUGCUCUGCCUUUACUGGUGCAUCUACAUCAAUCCCAGCUUGAUUUUCUUGUUAAUUUCUUUGGGGGAAAAGCCUCCUCAAAUGAUCAGUGUCCUAAUAAUUUCCAAGAUUUGGAGGGUUCAAAAUCUUUGCUAGCGAGAAGUAAUGAUCUCGAACACUCUUCAAUUGCUCAGGAGGCACUGCUUCCUUAUUUUCAGAAGCUAGAUAUAUGGCCUAUUCUUAUUCGAGUUGAUUAUAGUCCCAAGCACGUAGAUCUAGCAGCAUUAAGACAUGGAAAAUAUGUAGAACUUGUAAAUCUUGUCCCUUGGAAGGGGGUUGAGCUAAACCUGAAACAUGUUCAUGCUGCUGGCAUCUAUGGUUGGGGCAGUGUUUGCGAAACAGCUGUUGGAGAGUGGUUGGUAGAUAUAUCACAGAGUCAGGUUCAUAAAAUACUGCAAGGGCUUCCUACUGUACGCUCAUUAAUUGCUGUUGGUACUGGUGCUGCUAAGCUGGUUUCAUCUCCAGUUAAAAACUAUAAGAAGGAGCGGAGAGUGCUCAAGGGAUUGCAGAGAGGUACCAUUGCGUUUCUUCGAAGCCUUUCUCUUGAAGCUGUUGGGCUUGGAGUUCAUUUAGCUGCUGGAGCCCAUGACAUUCUGCACCAAGCAGAAAUCCUUGCAAGCAAACCUUCUCCAGUUUCUUUCCCUCCGAAAGAUAAAUUGAACACGGAUGUUCGAUCUAAUCAACCUAAAGAUGCCCAAGAGGGAAUUCAACAGGCUUACGAGACCCUCAGUGAUGGCUUGGGAAAAUCUGCUGCUGUGUUGGUUCAGAACCCCUUGAAAAAAUACCAACGUGGCUCUGGUGCAGGACCCGCAUUGGCAGCUGCAGUUCGAGCAGUUCCUGCAGCCGCCAUAGCUCCUGCUUCUGCUUGUGCCAGUGCAGUACACUAUGCUCUUCUUGGAUUCAGAAAUAGCCUUGAUCCCGAACGUAAACGAGAGUCCAUGGAGAAGUAUUGUCCGACACAACCAUGGGAUGAAGAAUGAUUAAUGAUGGCAAUAGCGAAUGUUAAAUAUUUCUUGCUAAUUCUUUGUGCAGAUUAUUGUGUGAGGAUUGAGUAGUUGAUAGUCUUGCAUAUUGACAGGAGAUUGAAGGAGCUCUAAAAAUCAAUGGCGGUGUCCUGUGUAUCAUAUCUGUACAGUAGCGGAACCGGGCAGUGAGCUGAUUCUUAUGAUCAAGAUUAAUUGUAUAUAUACCGUAAAUAGGAUGGUGCUUCUUAUCCUGUCCUUAUUCAAACGGCAGUCGUAGUAGAAGCCUCGUGUUGAGCAUUGGCUUCAAAUGUGAUCUAAGAGUAUACAAGUAUUGACUGCAUAUGCGCUUCGGUAUAUGGUUUGAAAUGUGGCAUCAAUAUGGCACCGUAGUUAUUGAUGCAGACUUACACGUGAUGCACAAAGUGCGUGCACCUUUCCAACUUCCAAGCUUUGGGAGAAAAGUGUCUACAGUGAUGUGGCUUCUUCCUCUACUUAAUUUACUAGAAUGCAGUGUACUUUGGUAUCACAUUGGUGGAACUCCCUGCUGUUUUACUUGAGAGGCAUGCUCUUAAUUUCAACAUGCCAAAAAUAUUAUUUAUGUCCAUGUAAAUCUUCGUGUAUCUGUCGCUACAUACUCCAAUAAAUUAUAGAAAUUGAAUAAUCAAUUUUGGUUAGUCAAGUGGUUAGUUU